AUGUCUGGCAAACACCCAAUCCACGUUCACCCGGCUAGGCCUUUUUACCGAUUCACUGCAACCGCAUUGGGAGCUAGCAUGUGGUUUUUCUUGAUGUAUCGGGCAAAGAAAGACGGUGCGGCUUUGCUCGGAUGGAAACACCCUUGGGACCAUUGA